UUCUGCCCUUUGAUGUCAAGUAUACAUCAUUUACUUCUUCCCAAGACACCAUUUUGUACUCUCCAACAAAAUUCCACUUCUACAAAGAGAUAAACACAAACUGCUGAAAUCCACAGUAAUAAAAAUGGAGAGAAGAAUCACUCUCGUAUCUCACAUUCCCUUCCUCUUGUUCUUAUUCCUCUCACUUUCCACUGUUUCACUAUCCGUGACAAGUGAAAACCCGUUUACAGCCAGAGCCUCAGUCAUCAGGUACUGGAACAACCACGUCUCCAACUCCAGACAGCCCCUAAAGCCCCCCCCUGAUUUCCUUUUAUCAAAAGCAUCCCCUCUAUCCGCCGUGGAAACGGCGUUUUUUGCCAAACUCGCCGCCCAGAAAGCGCUGUCGUCCCACCUCUCCGCCUUCUGCUCCGCCGCCAACUUGUUCUGCCUCUUCGACGACGCCCCAAUGACGACGACGUCGGACAAACCAAAUGCCGACGCGGACUUCGCGUUGUACAACAACAAGAAGUUUUCCAACUACGGAACGUCGCGGGUCGCGGGCGCCGACGUGUUCAAGAACUACUCCGACGGAAUCAAUUUCGCAACCGGCUCCUUCACCCGCUACAGCCGCAGCUCCACCGGCCACGGCGAGGGGUUCACGACCUACGCCGACGACGGCAACGUCGCCAACGCCAACUUCACGUCCUACGGUUCUGCCGCCACGGGCGGGGCCGGGGAGUUCUCGAACUACCACCCGCGAGUCAACGUCCCCAACCUCCGGUUCGCUUCCUACGACUCCGAUUCGAACGGUCACAAGCUGUCGUUCUCGAGCUACACUCAGGAUACCAAUUCGGGAAGUGAAGGGUUUGCGAGCUACGGAAAGAAUGGCAAUGGGGUGCCCGUUGAGUUUGGCAGCUACGGUGAUACAUCCAACGUAAUGAGUUCGACUUUCACGGCCUACGGGGAGAUGGGUAAUGGUGCAAAUGAUUCGUUUACGGCUUAUACUUCAAAUGCAAACAACCCCGAUAACAAUUUCAAGAGCUACGGUGUGAAUGGAAAUUCUGCCACAGAUAGCUUCUCGAGCUACCGACAGGGAGCCAAUGCUGGUGGCGAUUCGUUUCAGUCUUACGGUAGAAAUUCGAACUCCGACAGAGUAAAUUUCGUGAAUUACGGGAAAACACAUAGUGGAGGGACUGAUACGUUCAGAGAAUAUGGAAAAGGAUCGGUGGGACCUGUGGUCGGAUUCAAAGCUUAUGGCGUCAACAACAAUUUCAAAGACUAUGCUAAAAAAGGAGUCACAUUUGCUCAAUAUGCCAAUUUGAGUUCGAAUUCUAAUAAAGGUGCAACGGAGGGCAAUGGUGUUUCCGUAAAUAAGUGGGUAGAGCCGGGAAAGUUCUUCCGGGAGUAUUUGUUGAAAGAGGGAACCGUCAUGAAAAUACCCGAUAUUCGGGACAAAAUGCCGAAUAGGUCGUUUCUACCCAGGGUGAUCUCAUCGAAAUUACCAUUUUCUACCGGGGGACUACUUGAGUUGAAGCGAAUCUUCCAUGCACAUAACGAAUCCUCUGCGGAACGGGUGUUGGUGCACGCGUUGUCGGAGUGCGAGCGGAACCCUAGCAUCGGAGAGACCAAGCGGUGUGUGGGGUCCAUCGAGGACAUGAUAGACUUCGCCGUGUCGGUUUUGGGCCACAAUGCCACGGUGAGGACGACGGCAAACGUUAACGGGUCGAAUAAGAACGUGAUGAUCGGGAAAGUCAAGGGGAUCGACGGCGGAGAAGUUACCAAAUUGGUGUCGUGUCAUCAGAGCUUGUACCCCUACUUGCUGUAUUACUGCCACUCUGUCCCAAAGGUUAGGGUCUACGUGUCGGACAUCGUUGACGUGGAGAGUAAGGUUAAGAUUAAUGAAGGCAUCGCCAUUUGUCAUAUCGACACGUCGGCGUGGAGCCCGGGCCACGGGGCAUUUGUGGCACUGGGGUCAGGCCCUGGGCUCAUUGAGGUCUGCCACUGGAUUUUUGAGAAUGACAUGACUUGGACCAUUUCUGAUUAAACACACACGACUAAUGCCAAGGCCAUUCAAAACUUUAUUGGUGUGAUGUCUGGAAAAUUGCAACGCUGUCUCCAUUAAUUUAGGAUGUUUUUGACCAUUUGGAAUUUGAAAGAAUAAAGGGUUGGAAAGAUUGGCAAGUUCACACUCUGCUGGAACGAAGUGCAUGUGAAAAGAUCGAGUGAGUUGUAGCCAGAUAGAUGCGACCCAGCCGUAUUUUUUUUUGAUCUUCCGACCAACCCGUAUUUGGUUGUGCAUUCUGUGAAUCUGUCUUCUCAUGCUAUAACUUGAUAUCUGGAUCAACUUACGCGCUUAUAAAAUUUUAAAGUAAAUGACCAAACAAAUUUUCAGUUA